AUGGUGUGUUGGAACUGCGAGAAGCCUGGGCAUAUGAAAAGCGAAUGUCGGGCACCGAAGAAGGAUAAAGAGGGCCGGACAGCUAAUGUCGCGACGGAGGACACGGCAGAUGCACUCUUGUUGAGUGUGAAAAGCUCGCUCGAUGACUGGAUCGUGGACUCAGGGGCCUCAUUUCACUCUUGUAGUAGCAGAGACAUCAUGGAGCCAUACACCGCAGGAACGCUUUACACGGCAAGUGGAUCCAGCUCAAACAUUCUCCUGGCAGAAGCUGUCUCACAAUCGCACUUGUGGCACAGUCGUUUGGGCCACAUGAGCGAGAAAGGAAUGAAGGUACUAAAGUCAAGAGGACUUUUGCCCGAGUUGGAGUCUGUGGACGUGGGUCUCUGCGAGCAAUGCGUGCUUCGAAAGCAGAAGCGAGUGAGCUUCAUAACCACUGGGAGAGCUCCAAAGACAGAAAAACUGGAGCUCGUGCACACUGACUUAUGGGGGCUAGCACCAGUGACAUCUCUUGGAAGAUCGAUGAGAUGGAGAGCACUCGUGGAGAAAGAGACAGGUCUGGAAGUGAAAUGUCUCAGAUCCGACAACGGUGGCGAGUACAACAGUGAAGCCAUCAAAGAAUACUACGCUGAUCAUGGGAUCCGGAUGCAGAAGACGGUCCCAAUGACACCUCAACAAAAUGGCAUUGCGGAGAGGAUGAACAGGACAUUGAAUGAGCGUGCGAGAUGCAUGUGA